CUUUGCUCACCAUUCCAAUGAGAAAUCAAGCUCAGAUUUCUUUUAUCCAGGAUAUUGGAAGACUUCCUCUGAAGCGACACUUUGGAAGGUGUGAACAUCACAAAUGUUGUCAAAUGACGGAAGAUCCAGGAAUCAGGACAGGCACUACGAUGAGGUCCCAAGGGACUCAGGCUAUCAAGAUGGCACCGUAAGAACCUUCCAGACUCUUCACGACAGUGAGCUGGCUGUGAGCGCUGAUCCGUUGCCACCACCCCCUCUCCCAUUACAGCCACCAUUCGGCCCAGAAUUCUACUCAGGUGACACAGAGGAACCGGCCAUAGCGCCAGACCUCAAGCCUGUAAGGCGCUUUGUCCCUGAGUCCUGGAAGAACUUCUUCAGAGGGAAGAGAAGGGACCCAAAGUGGGAUAAGCCGGUGUCAGACAUCAGAUACAUCUCCGAUGGAGUGGAGUGUUCACCUCCAGCCUCUCCCGCAAGACCAAACCACUGUGCACUCCCCAACUCCUGCGAAGAUCCUCAGGGCAGGUCAGAAGGCAGCUGUCGUUCCCGGAAAGAGGCCGAGGCGAUGUUUCCCCACGAUCCCUACGGAUCCCUAGGCCGACGCACACACACAGCCCGAACCUACAGUGAGAAGGUGGAGGAGUAUCAUCUGAGGUACUCCUACAUGAAGUCAUGGGCAGGCCUGCUGCGGAUUCUGGGUGUGGUGGAGCUGCUUCUGGGGGCCGGCGUCUUCGCUUGUGUCACGGCGUACAUUCACAAGGACAGCGAGUGGUAUAACCUGUUCGGAUAUUCACAGCCCUAUGGCAUGGGAGGCGUUGGUGGCCUGGGCAGUAUGUAUGGGGGCUAUUACUAUAGUGGCCCCAAAACCCCUUUUGUGCUUGUGGUUGCUGGAUUGGCUUGGAUCACCACCAUUAUUAUUCUGGUGCUUGGCAUGUCCAUGUAUUAUCGGACCAUUCUUUUGGACUCAAAUUGGUGGCCCCUAACUGAAUUUGGAAUUAACGUCUCCUUGUUUAUCUUGUACAUGGCUGCAGCCAUAGUCUAUGUGAAUGACACCAACCGAGGUGGACUCUGCUACUAUCCAUUAUUUAACACGCCAGUGAAUGCAGCGUUCUGCCGGGUGGAAGGAGGACAGAUAGCAGCGAUGAUCUUCCUCUUUGUCACCAUGAUUGUUUAUCUCAUUGGAGCUUUGGUUUGCCUAAAGUUAUGGAGGCAUGAGGCGGCUCGGAGACAUAGGGAAUUCAUGGAGCAACAGGAGAUAAGUGAGCCAUCAUUGCCAUCUAAAAGGAAAAUGUGUGACAUGGCCACCGGUUGUGACAGACAGAGAGACCAAGAAGUUAAUUUUAAAGAACUGAGAGCAACAAAAAUGAAACCUGAGCUACUUAGUGGACAUAUCCCCCCUGGCCACAUCCCGAAACCAAUCGUGAUGCCAGACUAUGUGGCGAAAUACCCUAUGAUUCAGACAGACGAUGAACGAGAACGCUAUAAAGCUGUGUUCCAGGACCAGUUUUCAGAGUACAAAGAGCUCUCUGCAGAAGUUCAAGCCAUCUUGAAGAAGUUUGAUGAGCUGGACGCAGUGAUGAGCAGAUUGCCGCAUCAUUCGGCAAACCAGCAGGAACAUGAGAGAAUUUCAAGAAUCCAUGAAGAGUUUAAGAAAAAAAGGAAUGAUCCUACAUUUCUGGAAAAAAAAGAACGCUGUGAUUAUCUGAAGAAUAAACUUUCUCACAUAAAGCAAAGGAUUCAAGAAUAUGAUAAAGUAAUGAAUUGGGAUGUACAGGGUUAGUCUUAAAACUUAUUUGAAACCACUUUUUUAUAUCAAGCUUCAUAUUUAUUUACUGUCUUUUAUUAUGCUCAUCUCUGUGAUGGAGAAGCAAUGCCUCCUGAAUCAGCUUGUAGUUGGUUUAGCUGGUAUGUCAAGUUAAAACAGUAUGUGAUUGCAUUUCAGACAUUUCAAAACAAAUUCAAAUUUACUAAGGGCCUUUAUUAAGAGUGGAAGAAAUUCUGGAUUCAUCUGUGUACAAUUUAUAUUUAUCUUGUUAAAAUUGAUUUAAGCAUUGUGUCCUU